GGGUCAUGUCGAUCACAAAAGACUCGAAUAAGGUACUGCUUUGAUGAUUAUUAUUUGGGACAUGAUAUCACCCCGCAUCAUUUGAAAUAGCAGUUCGCUGACUGUAUUUGGUGGAUUUCCGGAUGUUUGGACCCGUUGUAUGUGUCGCUCUCGGACUGGUCAGGUCACAAAUCGCUCACCUGCUUGAGAUCGGAGAUAUGCAAACUAGCGGCCAGUAGGAAUUCUGAUCCCGAGACCCCGAGUCAAUGUCAUCGAUGGAGAUGGAGAUGGAUUAAUUUCGUCGGAUUCUGCACUGAGUCGUUUGACCAACAGGUGUCCAAUAACCUCACUAUGAAACAUCAACCCGUUUCAUAGUAUAAUAACACAAAAUGUCUCCAUCCAACCCCUCCACCAUCGCAUCCAUCUACGACGAACGAAGCACCGCCUACGACACCGCCACCUUCCACCACCGUCUCGCAGAGGAAUACAUCCGCGCCUCCCACCCCCAGCCCGGCGCUCAUGUCCUCGAUCUCGCCUGUGGCACGGGGCUAGUCGCCUUCCUCGCAGAGGCGCAGGUCGGACCCACAGGAUACGUCGUCGGCGUCGAUAUCAGCGAGGGGAUGCUGGAGCACGAUAUCUCUGAUUUGACCGGUAUGGAUCUGAAUCCGAAUCCGGGAAGUGAAGGCGACGGCACAGGCCAGUUCGACUUGAUCACCUGUGCGGCGGCGCUGGUGCUGCUCCCUGAUCCGCUUGGAGCGAUACGGCGCUGGACGUCGCUACUGAGGAAAGGCGGCAGGCUGGUUACGGAUGUGGCGGCUCGGGAUGUGCACGUCCCUGCGCGGAUCUUUGAGCGGAUUGGGCCGCAGCUUGGGCUGUCGUUGCAGUGGGAUCAGAGCUGGGUGAAAGGUGAGGAGUCGUUGGCUGGGUUGUUGAGCGAGGCCGGGUUGGUGGUCGAGAGGGUGUAUUUGAGUCCUGUCUUCCAGGUGAAGGAACACAAAGUGGAGCAGGCUGGGGAGCUAUUCGAGCAGGCGGUUUCGGGUCCUAUGUUUAGGAAUUUCGGGGUGGGGAGUAUCAGGGACAAGGCGAAGAGGUUGUUCGUCCAGAGGUUUGUGGAAGAAGCUGGGGAGGAGGGUGUGUUGGUGGAUGAGGCCAAGAUGUACAUUGGUGUUGCUGUUAAGCGGUGA